GUGGUGGAGUAAAGUCGUCAAAGUCGGCAGUUGGCAGCCAGCGUUAGUGAUCGUAGUUACCUCUGAUAAGUUCAGCUGGGGCUGGAGUGUUUGUGGUGCAAAGGUGGCCGCCUGCUGCGAUUCAAGAGUUGCUGCCGCCCAAGCUUCCGAGUGUUCCGAGAAGCAGAAGCAGAUUAGUCAACGGUCACUUGGAUUGACGGAUUACCACACAACGGCGUUAAGGUUUGGGUGCGUGUGAGCAAGUGCUAACGCCUACUAAGCGAGUGCAAGUGUAUGCGCUGAGAACAUUUGAAACAAACUUUUUCGAAAGUCUCACGAUAAUUAAGGGUGUGAUAAAAACCCAAGUGACUGACUGAGCAAUUCUUGCCAACGCACAGCUAAUAAUAAACUGUUCCAGUUGUUGAUCGUGUGUUUGUGUGAACUAAUCAGGCGUUCUAAACGCCCAACACUUCAACAGCUUAAUCGCAGUAGCCCGGUCGUAGACAGACCACCGUUUUCUCGUUUCGCCUACUCUGAGUGACCACGGCGGUAGCAUUCCGUGUGUGUACAGCAAGUGGCAGCUUAGUAGCAGGAACCAGAGCAGCUGGACCCCAGACGUUUCGCAACAAUCAUGAAGAUCAAGGUCACAACGGCGGCAUCGCCGUGGCUCGCGCUCACCCUGACCACCCUCCUGGCGCCGGUCCUCGGUGGUCUGCUGAGGCAACCGAAGGUUUACAACGCGGUGAUAACGACCGACGAGAAUUUGACCCCGAGCCGCGCCUACCCGGUGGUUCAACCCGUGGUGCACGAAACGGGACUUGCCUAUCCGUUCGGGGCGUUCGGACCGUUCGGGCUGUACAAUGCGUUCAACGCGUAUCCCGGAUUCUAUCAGCCCCAACCGGUGGCCGCAGCCGGAGGUGCUAACGGAGCGACACCAGCGGGACUGGCCCAGCUGCAGGGAAGAAACGCAGCAUUCUACGCUGGACGGGAACCGGCACCCCAACUUCACGAAACUCCCAUCGAGACCAUACCCGGCAGCAAGCCCCAUCCCGAAACGAACCUUCCCCUUCGUGAAGCUCCGGCCCCCGAACUGAUCCCCAUUCCAAACAACAGCAUCGCCCCGAAAGCCCCGGAAGGCCCCCGACCCAACUACGAAGUCAACCGCCCAGAACCAUCCGUCGACCCGAAGAAUCAACUUCAGCUGAACGAGUUCGGACUGCCACCAAGCCUGAUCCCACUGUACCAGCCGGGUGGACCGAACCAGCAGCCAAGCUACAACUAUGCCGGAAAUCCGAACCAGCAGCAGCAGGCCUACAACUUCCCCAGUGGAUAUCCGUACAACUUCCCCGUGCUGUACGACUCGUUCGGCAAUUACAAUCCCAACCAGCAGUACCAGUCGGUUCUGCCCCCGUUCGGUUACUUCCCGCAACUUGCCCAACCCAAUCCGUACUUUGGUCAGAAUCUGGUUCCAGCUGGUCCGGUCGAUAAUCGCAAUGGACGCGAACAGGAUCUUCAAGAAAACACCAAGGAAAACCUUCAGGAUGGUACGCCGGAAGCUGCUCCAGAAACGGCUUCGGCCGAGUCAUUAGUUGAGCCAUCCAAGGUGGAGCAGCCGGAAAGCGACAAGCCGGAAGUAGCGGAACCGGCAGCACCAGCCGUUGAGCCCCUUCCCGAGAGCAUCAAGAACAAUGCAAACAAGAACAAAGACAUUCCGGACGUUCCACCACCACCGAUUCCUUCGGGAGCAAAAGAUGCCAAUCAACAGUAGCUAGUUGAUUGACCUAAAAAAAAAGUUAGGCUCAAAAUGUACGUACACAUGUUUUACAUUUGUAGGAUACUCAUCGUUCAUCUACCAUUCUUUUAAAUAAAAA